AGGGACACUGCUCAAGACCGGCUGCUAUCUUAAUGAGUGUACGCAGCCCCGCUUCGAUGCCAGACAAUCGUAAUUAAGCUGCAACGGCUUUGGCCGAGGUCAAGUAUGCUUCUUUCACUGCGUACGCUUUUGCCUGGCUCCUUCUUCAGCCACGAGUUGUGCGUUAAGCAUGUCUGCUCAUUGGCUGCUAUGGAUUAUAUUUGGAUGCAGUAUGGAGGCAGUGAUUAAAGCCUUGGUCGAGUGCUUGCUAAAAUAACUAAAUGCGAACAGCAACGUUUGUCUCGUUGUGUAGGAUAAGUUUCGUGCGUGUAUUGUCGUUGAAGUAAGUGGAAUCGUUGCUGGAGACUGGGUACUAUCAGCUUUUCUUUUUUCGCAUCGUAAAGGAGCGUUCAAUCUUUUCAGAUAUAUUUCUGCUGAAAUAAACCAUCGCGAAGAUCGGUACUUCUUCUUCUUGGAGUACACAGAAACAUGGAUCUUACAGAUACCUUAACGAUAUUCUCAGUUGAAGUAAUUUCACGCCAGGGUUAUUCUAGAUCGAAUCUCUCAACAUGCAAACAAGAAGAUGCGCAAGAAGAACCGAACAUUUCCAAACAACAGAAUUUCAUAUUCGAUAUUGAUAUUUUGAUAACUCUCGUAGAAACUAGAUCUCCGAACGACCAACAAAUUUAUACUUUCCAUUAGCAAUACCAUUCUGAGCGAAAUUUCUCUCAGGCCAAACCACCGAGAAACGAAAUUUCCAAGCGACCAAGUAUCAUCCUGCUCGUUAACCAUAUCGUUGCAUUUUGCAAAACCUCUUUGAGAUUGAUCCUUCGCCGAUGGUGGCUGUUAAAACGAAAGACAAACGUGGAUUCUGUCAUCAAGAAGAUUGGCUCCUGUCGAAAAAUCCUCGCUGGCGUUGAACGGAUCCCCCUUUAGAAAUCGCGCUACGCUGCCAUCUCUUUCAUUGUCCAAUUGGUAAUGUCAGCCGCUAUUACCCUGUUGAAUACAUUUAAUAGACAAAGGAUUGGCAGAGGCUCUCAAUUUCGCAGCGCGAGAAGAAUACGUGGCACACGGCCCUGGUCGGGCCCGUGGAAACGCGGCCGACGUCGGGUUGAGAAUUAUUAUUCCAUGUGGACGACGGGCCGCUAAUAACGGGCCGAGCCUGGCCCGCGCAUAUGGCAUUCAAUGACCGGCCAAUUGGACAAUUGAGCUCAAUCAUAAUAAUACACAUAUAUAUGGAUCGUUGCAACGCGAGCGUUUCGGCCGGUUAUCAAUAAAUUCACUUGCCGGAAAGUAAAUUCACCGGUCGCGUCCUGAUUUCGCCCGUUUCUAUUCGUUCUUCGUCUGCUCUUCUCUCUUUCUACUCGUUGUCGCGUUUACGUCGAAUUUAGUCCCAUUCUAUCCGUCUGUGCGAGUCGAAAGACGAAGAAUCGGAACAUCUGGAGCUGGAACAUCGCUUUCGGUGAUUUCAUUGGGACGAACGCCAGAUGCGGCCGAGCCGAUAGCUACUGGCGAUUCGCUCGUUUAACAGCGUAACGGCGAGCCGGCAGGAGUCAGGGCCGGUGACUGGCAUCGCGCGAAGAGAGACGGAUAGAGAGCACCGGGACACGAGGGAGCAGAGAGGCACAGGUAAAAACGUGACUGGGUCCCUACGAGGGUGCUAGAAGAUUGUUGGCUGGUUGCAUGGGUGAAAUUGAGAGAAUAGGAGUUUGCAAUAUGGACGUCGCAGGUGAUCUAUGAUCGAUAAAGCAAAUUUGUGGAGGCCAGUAGAGACGCCAUUGAUGAUUUACAGUCAACCCGUUAACAUUUCACGCAGGAUUUGAACACUGCAGAUAAUAAUGCGAUGUAAAUACGAGCCGAUUCCUUGCUACGUGGGAACAUCAAGAUACGUGGAGGAGAAUUGUCAAGAAAAUGACAACGAAUUACUUGGAUUUGGACAUUAACAAAUUGUUCGAGGAGUACACAAUAAAGGAGAUCGAGGGGAUCCAGAAGAAGAUUCAACAUGAGAGUGACAGGAAAAAAAUCGAGCUUAGAACUUUGGUUGGGGAAAGGUACCGUGAUCUUAUAUUGGCUGCAGACACAAUUGGGAAAAUGAAGAUAACUUCUGAGAGAGUUAUUUCAAGGAUAACUAACAUUGAGGACAAAUUUAGGGAAUUACAGAAAAAGUACCUUAUUGGAUUUAAAAUAGAUUCAGUUCAGAAUGAAGAUGAUAGAAAUAUUGAAACAAGUCAGAAUUCUGUCAUCAUUCAAAUAAAAAUCUUGAUGGACAUACCCCAAUAUAUCUGGACGAAUAUUGAAAACAAGGAUUUAUUAUUUGCUACACAAUUGUAUUUGGUAGCUCAACAUAUAAAUUAUAGCCUGUUAUUUGAAGUGGGAAAUACAGAUUUAGCACUUAAGUAUCCAAUUGUGUCUAAGCAAUGGGAUGUUAUUAGUCAAUUCAAGAAUAUCAUAUUUACUGAAUGUAAUAAUGUGUUACAAUCAUUAAGUGUAGAAUCAGGGAGCAUAGCAAAUUGUCUGGCAGCACUUGUAUUGUUAAAUGGAUCUUCAUUCUCAGAUUUGUUGGAUAAAUUAAUAUCAUUGCGUAACCAUGCAGUUAAAUCUGUUGUUACAGACGAAAAUGACAACAGUGUUAAAAAGAAAAUAAAAUCAUGUAUUGAAAUAUUGAUUCAAACAAUUAGUUUAAUUUAUUCUUGCUUCAUAAAUUCAGACGGAAAAUCAGGUGGUCUUGUUUCGCAAUAUUUAACAAAAAUUCAAGAUCAAGAAGCAUACUCUUUGCUCUCCCAGUUGGACUUCAAUCAAGAAUUAUUAAAGGAAUUUCUUCCUCUUGUGACUAAACAGCACAAACCAUUUGCCGCAAACAGUUUUGAAAACUUUUGUGUACCAGAUCUUCAAAAAAGUAUCAAAUCUUGGCUCGAAUGGGUAGCUGAGUUUUGCAAUCGCGAGAUUACGAAACUUCUCGAUUUAAUAAUAUCCAUAAAAGGCUUGUAUUACGUUCGUGAAGAAGCUGUUAGCAUUAAUCUGCCUGAGAAUUGGAAUUCGAUAUGGGAGGAGCUUUCUCUUCCAAGAAUAACCUUCUGGGUGGAAUUUUUUCAACCUUUAAUAUCUCACAGAGUAAAACGUAUCAUGGACGACAAAUGGAUGGAAACUACUAUUGCGUUAAAAUCUGACAUAAUCGAACUAUUGGGGAAAGUGAUUCAUGAUAAAUUUGAGUAUCCAGAACACGAUUUGCGAUGGUUUGUCUGGAAAGACUCUCCAAGUGAUAUUCCUCAGAAGCUCACCAAAAAUGGUGGCCUAGAUAAUAAAAGAUCCCUAUUAAUGAAAACCAAAGGAUAUUCGCCGAAUAUUCUCAAAUUGUGCGAAAAUUUUGACUCAAGUUUACACGCUUUGCUCGAAGAUCUUGAACAAUACUUAUAUGAAACAGAACGCGUAAUGUCUAUCAAGGACAAUUUAUUAUCUACAAAUAUAUAUUUAAUUUCGGAUUCAUUCUCUGAUCGCGCAGAGAUUCAAGAACAUUUGCAAACUGUCAGUAUCAGUAUGAUCGAAGAUUUUAUCAAUUUUGCAAAGACGUGUACAAAUAAUAAGCCUGAAUAUGGUCAACGUGAUAUAAAUGCUGUUAUAACAGCAAGGUUUCUUUUAGCAUUGACAACGUUAAGUUCAAACUUAAAUAAAUGUUUCACACUCUCAAAAGUGUCGGGAUUGACUAUUACAAAUGCCAGAUGGCAGUCGGUUUGUGAUAAAUUGAAAGAAGAAAGUACUUUUGUUUGGUCAAUUUGGGCUAAAACGUAUAAAAUUAAGAUAAGUGAGCAUAGGGAAAGGUUUAUAUCUAAGGAAUCUCUAGAUGGUUAUCCAAUACAUUUAGUUAUAUCAGAAUGGGAGAAAGUGAUCAUCGAAGAGGACUCUGGAGAGGGGAGAAGAAUAAAGUCAGAAAUUUUAGUACCAUAUCAACCAUCUAUACAACUGCAGAAGUUUUUAACUGCUAUUAAUAAAGAUUUAAAUAAAGUAAUACCGCACACUCUUCCAAAGAAAGUGCUGCAUGAAAUUAUAGAGGACGUUGUGACGGAAUUAUUAAACUAUUAUCUAACUGCACCUGGCAAUGCUAGACUUUCACAAAAGCAAGCCCUUCAAGUAUUAUUUGAUAUAAAAUAUUCUAGUCUGCUUAUGAUACCCCGUGAAAAUAAAAUUCUGUCAGAUUUAUCAACCAAAGCUUGUGACAGUGUGUUAUCAAAAAUCGAUCCAUUCGAUUACGAUGUUUUCAACCCUUUCAUUCAUACUAACGUAAAGAAAAGUGUUCAAAGAUCACUGCUCAUAUUAGGAAAUCUAGUACCUCAUUUGGAACAGUUACACACAAUUUUAGGAGCACGAAGCGAAUACAAUAACGCUGAAGGCGUGAAAUCAGAUUUGCCUUCAGUCCUGGCUUUAUGUACGGGAGCGCCAUGGUUCCCGCCUUUAACAGUAACUGCUCCGGCAAGAAAUUUGCCACUUGUUACCGUACCCAUGCCAGAAAAGACACAGCGUAAAAAGACCACUAGCAAAGAAAAUACGAAAAGUGAUUCAACUGGAGCUACGAUCAAAUCUGGCGCAGCGGCAUUUUUCGGAGCGAUGGGUUCGGAUUGGUUUGGUAGUAGUUAAUUUAUUUAUUUAAUUCGAUAUAAAAAUUGUAAAUACUUUACUGUAUAUGUAUAUACGCGCUAGGUAUGUUCAUGUAAAUACUAUAAUAUUGAAUUGCCUUUUUGACAGUGUUGUCAGUAUUGAAUAAAAUAUUUUAUACAAUCUUUAAAUUCUUAUUACGGUUUCUUAGGCAAUUUUAAUCGUACGAUUGUUUAUUAUAUAUUCAGAUUUUGUAAACAAUAGUAAGAUAUUAAAUAAUAAAUAAACUACGAAUGUUUAUGCUA